AUGUCCAAUAAGAGUAGUGAUAGAGAAGUAGAAUUAAGAGCCUUUGAUGAAACAAAGUUAGGAGUUAAGGGAAUUGUUGAUGCUGGUGUUACAACCAUUCCCUCCAUCUUCAUCCACCCAAUUUCUAAACGAGCUCAACCUCCAAAAACAAACACUACUAAUGAUGUUGCUUCUAGGUUUCGUUUUCCAAUCAUAGAUCUUUCAGCUAGUGAAAAUGAUUCAGAGCUCAGGAAGAAAGCAAUUGAGGAGAUUCUAGAGGCAUCAAAGACAUGGGGAUUUUUCCAAGUGGUGAAUCAUGAGAUUUCAGACAGGGUUUUGGAGGAGAUGUUGCAAGGAGUAAGAGAUUUUUUUGAGCAAGGUGAUGAGGUGAAGAAAUAUUAUUAUUCAAGAGAUUUUGCAAAUAAGAGAUUCACUUAUCUUAGCAAUGUUGAUCUCUAUACUGGACCUGCAGCUAAUUGGAGAGACUCUUUUGGUUGUAGGAUGGCUCCUCAUCCUCCUCAUCCUGAUGAAUUACCUCCCCCUUGCAGGAAGAUACUAAUAGAGUAUUCAAGUCAAGUAAUGAAGCUUGUGAAAAUGUUGUUUGAGCUGUUAUCAGAGGCACUUGGGUUACAGAAAAACCAUUUAAAUGAUAUGGGUUGUGCUGAAGGACUUAACGUUUCAGGUCAUUAUUAUCCAGCUUGUCCACAGCCUGAAUUGACCAUGGGUAUCUCAAAACAUGCUGAUAAUGCAUUCUUAACUAUUUUGUUGCAAGACCAAAUUGGUGGUCUCCAAAUUCUUCAUCAGAAUGAAUGGGUUGAUGUUCCUCCUACUCCUGGAGCUUUAGUAAUAAAUAUUGGGGAUCUUUUACAGUUGGUAACAAACGACUUAUUCAAAAGCGUGGAACACAGAGCACUAGCUAACUGCAAAGGACCAAGAAUAUCAGUAGCAUCCUUUUUUAGCACCUAUUUUCAGGAGACACCUAGAAGGUUCGCACCCAUAAAAGAAUUACUUUGUGAUUCAAAUCCUCCCAAGUAUCGCGAGAUUACAGUGAAAGAGUAUAUUUCUUACUUCAUAAAUAAGGGACAUGAUGGAACCUCUGCCCUCCCUCAUUUCAAAAUUUGA